AUGGCCACAAAACUCGCCCCCAUCAUAACUCCAGCCCUCCUCUCCACCAUCCGGCGUUAUCCAAAUCUCCCGCGUAACACGUGGUACUUCGUAGCUGCCACAACACUAUCCAUUAUCAACCGCCCAGAUGAGAUUCCCCACAUUUACAAGCAUGCGCUAGAUGAGCCGACAGACUCGGGCCCCGGUCUGGAGGAACAACUCGCCAUCACGCGGAGGAUAAGAGAAGCGCUGAUCAAGUCUGCUGCAGCGAUAAACGCCCUUUUGGCCCUCAAAACAGUGACACCGCCUGAUCUCCUCGAUGAACCCAUGGCAUUCUCCCCAACGCUAAGGCCUGUCGAUAUCUACGACACGCCGUCCUCCCAGAUCCUCAAUCGCGGCCAAACCUUCUUCGACAAGGUCUACGGCAAGGUCUCCAAGCGUGUAAUGGGGCAGAUGGACCGAUCCGGCACAGAGGAUCUAGGUUUGACGGCCAGGCUCAUGUACGGAUACGUUCUGAGCAACACGAAUGUACUCUCGUCUGCCGAGACGUCGUUCGUUCUCAUCUCCGCGCUAAUACCUCAGGAUGUCAACCCACAGUUAAAGGGUCACCUCAAGGGUGCGCUGAAUGGAGGAGCCAGUGUCGCCGAGGUCACGGCUGUGCGUGAUGUUGUCAUCAAGAUUUGCGAAGCAUCGGGUAUGAAGAGGCUUUCGGACGAUGCUCCGGGCGGUUGGGGCUGGAGGAGCGAGGUCGCCAGUCUGCCAUUGUUGAGGGAGCAAGAGUCAUCCCGGCAAUCUCUCGCCCGCCUAAGCUCUCGAAUCGACGCCCUUUGCCCGGAUGUCGCUCGGAUCGCAUACGGGCCGACAAAUGCGAGUCUCGACAGGAUAGACGGCAAGCUUUCGACCAGCCAAACAUCUCUCAGAGGGAUAAACGACGAGCUUUCGACCAUCAAGAACUCCCUCCGAGAGAUAAACGACCAGCUUUCGAACAGUCAAGCAUCCUUGCAGGAGGCGUUAAACCGCAACCUCGAAGCGUUCGCCGGCGUAGCCGCUCUUCUUGCCGAUAUCCGCGACUCGAAUCAAGCCAUCGUAUCGCAUCUGACAAGCAACAACGAUACGCCUUCGACGUCGUGA